UCUUUUGGGUAAGCAAGCUAGAGAGGCCGUCUCGAGUAACUGCUGCGGGGAUUCGGAGAGUGCCUUCACCUUUGGGCAUCCUCUGCCACUACCUUCAGUGUCUUCACCGUUGCCGUCUCUGCCGAUGGUGGAUUCAGGAACUGCGGCAGCGCCGGGGUCAGCGUCUUAUUCUAGCGUUAGUUCUUCGGGGUCCUCGGAAGACACUUCGGAACUUGGGUUCUACAGAUUAUCAAACACUAACAUGGGAAGAAACAGGCAUGUUUCGCUGGACUCGCAGAGAAAUCAAUAUGUAGCAGUCGAAAGGUGUCGUUUCUCCUGCAGUCCAGUUUUGGAACAUCCCAGGAGCAGUGAGUUAUCAGUAUCUCCUAGAAAGGAAAUCCAGUUUCCUGGCGUAAGUUACCCGGAGUCGGAGACGAUGUUCAAUCUGAGAACAGUGUGUGCGCCUAGUUCUCGUGGAUCUCCUAUUUCACUAUCUCCUGUACAUCCUGUUUCCCUGCACGUGCGUCCAGGAUCACCAUCAGGAAGACAAGAAGAGUUGAGGAGCCCUCCUCAUCCAUUGCCUCUGCCUCCGAACUCUCCUCCCUCUUCACUUUCUUCUCGUUCUUCUCAAACACAGUGGAAGAAGGGAAAGUUAUUAGGAAGAGGAACCUUUGGACAUGUUUAUCUUGGAUUCAACAGUGAAAGCGGACAAAUGUGUGCUAUUAAAGAGGUCAAAGUUAUAUCUGAUGAUUCCAUUUCUAGAGAAUCGCUCAAGCAACUAAACCAGGAAAUAAAUUUACUUAGGCAGCUAUCACAUCCAGCCAUUGUGCAGUACUACGGCAGUGAACUG